GCCUGGGAAGUGGGUAUGACACAGAUAGCAAGUCCUAGGCAGAGCGGCCGCUACAUUGAGGAGAAACAGCGGUGUCCUCGCCGGCCCUCACCCUCCGAGGGGACGGGUGUGGGGCCGCGUCGGGGGCAUGGACGCUUCCCUCUGGGGUUCUUUGCUGCCCGCUGCUCUCCUCUCCACUGACUUGCCCGCAGGAGCAGCGACGCUCUCGAGAGGCGGCGGCGGCCCGGGGCGGUGCGGCCCCCCGCGCGCGCUGGGGCGCUGACCCCGGGCCGGACCCCGCACCCCCCGGGGCCAUGGCGCAGGACAACGCCGCCUUCUCGCCGGGCCCCGCGGAGCCGGCCCGCCGGCGCGGCCGCCAGCGCUACGUGGAGAAGGACGGCCGCUGCAACGUGCAGCAGGGCCACGUGGGCGAGACGUACCGCUACCUGACGGACCUGUUCACCACGCUGGUGGACCUGCGCUGGCGCCUCAGCCUGCUCUUCUUCGUGCUGGCCUACGCGCUCACCUGGCUCUUCUUCGGCGCCAUCUGGUGGCUCAUCGCCUACGGCCGCGGCGACCUGGAGCACCUGGGCGACGCCGCCUGGACGCCCUGCGUGCACAACCUCAACGGCUUCGUGGCCGCCUUCCUCUUCUCCAUCGAGACGGAGACCACCAUCGGCUACGGCCACCGCGUCAUCACCGACCAGUGCCCCGAGGGCAUCGUGCUGCUGCUGCUGCAGGCCAUCCUGGGCUCCAUGGUGAACGCCUUCAUGGUGGGCUGCAUGUUCGUCAAGAUCUCGCAGCCCAACAAGCGCGCCGCCACGCUCGUCUUCUCCUCGCACGCCGUGGUGGCCCUGCGCGACGGCCGCCUCUGCCUCAUGUUCCGCGUGGGCGACCUGCGCUCCUCGCACAUCGUGGAGGCCUCCAUCCGCGCCAAGCUCAUCCGCUCGCGCCAGACGCAGGAGGGCGAGUUCAUCCCGCUGCAUCAGACCGACCUGAGCGUGGGCUUCGACACGGGCGACGACCGCCUCUUCCUCGUCUCGCCGCUCGUCAUCAGCCACGAGAUCGACGCCGCCAGCCCCUUCUGGGACGCGUCGCGCCGCGCCCUGGAGAGGGACGACUUCGAGAUCGUGGUGAUCCUGGAGGGCAUGGUGGAGGCCACGGGAAUGACAUGCCAAGCUCGGAGCUCCUACCUGGUGGACGAGGUGCUGUGGGGCCACCGCUUCACAUCCGUGCUGACCCUGGAGGACGGCUUCUACGAGGUGGACUAUGCCAGCUUCCACGAGACUUUUGAGGUGCCCACACCCUCCUGCAGUGCCCGGGAGCUGGCCGAGGCAGAGGCCCGCCUCGAUGCCCAUCUCUACUGGUCUAUACCCAGCCGGCUGGAUGAGCGAGUGGAGGAAGAGGGGGCGAGGGAGGGGGCAGGUGAGGAGGCAGAGGGGGAGGCUGGGGCUGACAAGGGGAAGAAAGGCUGCCUGCCAACCCCAGAGAGCGAGUCUAAGGUGUGACCAGUUUUGCAGACCCCUGAGGCAGGAUCAGACACAGGCACCGAAGGAGCUGGCUAUGGGGGGUGGAGGAGUCCGGAGGAAAUGGAGGCCAGGCCCCCCCUGAGAGUGGGGGCAGGUCAAAUAAAUUAAAGGAAGAGCAGCCAGAGAGAGAGGGUGUCCGG